AUGGGGCGGAAGAAGGCGGCCGCGGCCGCGGACGUGGUCAAGGCCAAGAAGCAGCACUUCGCCGAGAAGGCCAAGAAGAAGGAGAAGCUGGACAAGCUGCGCCGGCAGCCCAAGCCGGCGAAGCGCUUCCACAAGGUCGCGGCCGAGCCCGAGCCAUUGACCGUGCACGAAGCCUCCGACAUGGAGAGCGAGGAAGACGAGGCGCUCGACGACCCGGCGUACAUCUCGCUCCGUGACUCGCCGAUCAAGGCGUCAGCAGCAACGACGACCGAGACAGCGACCAAGGCGCCGUGGAUGCGCGGGCGCACCAAGUACACCAAUAAGAAUGUCUUUCUGCAGCUGCACGAAGAGAUCCUCGAGUUUGUCUCGUUCUUGAGCCCGACCCAAGACGAGAUUGCGCUGCGCAAGGAGGCCAUCGAAGACAUUCGGACCAUCAUCGCCGACCUCUGGGACGGCGCGACGAUCGAGGCCUUUGGCUCGCACGUGACCGAGAUGUACCUUCCGACGAGCGACAUCGACUUGAUCGUGCACGACGCGCCCACAGGCAAGCAAGCGCUGUGGUCGCUCGCGCAGCGGCUCGAGGACCUCGGCGUCGUGAGCUUCAUCGAGGUCAUCGACUCGGCGCGCAUCCCGAUCGUCAAGAUCGUGCACGCCAAGACCAACGUGCACAUGGAUUUUUCGUUUACGACGACGUCCGGUCUCUCAACCGCCGACCUCGUCAUGAUGUACAUGCGCAAGUACCCUUCGUUUCGGCCGCUUGUCAUUGUGCUCAAGUACUUUCUCCUCCAGCGCGGCCUCAACGAGACGUUCAAAGGCGGCAUUGGCUCGUUCCUCCUCCAGCUCCUGGUCGUGAGCUUCCUCCAGCAGUAUGCGCGCAACCACACCAAGAGCGCCGACCACCUCAACCUCGGCGUGCUCCUCGUCGAGUUCUUUGAGCUCUACGGGUCGUCCCUCAACCCGUCCAACGUUGGGCUCAGCGUCCGCAAUGGUGGCUCGUACUUUAUGAAGGAAGAGCGCGAUUGGCGUGACGCGAGUCGGCCGUUCUUGCUCUGCGUCGAGAACCCGCACGACCCGAGCCACGACGUCGCCGCCAACUCGUGGGACAUCCGCAAGGUCUUCCGCACGUUUGCCCAUGCGGCCAAGUCACUCCAAGCCGAGAUCUGCCUCCGGGGCAAGAAGCACGGUGCGACCGGCAGCAUUCUCGCGCGCGCGAUUGCCAUUGACGGCUUCCUCCACGACCGCGACGGGCCGUCCACGUUUGGCUUUGACGUUGUCCGGAACGACCCCGCCGAAAUGGCGAUGCUCCAGAAACGGUACGCGAGCCGGCCUGAAUAA